CUUGAUUAUGAUAUGACUGAUCAUUCCCCUGUCCUUCGUUUCUGUGGAAAAUUUGACAUCUCCCUUAAACUUCUCCGUUAUCUAGGCUUCUUCAUUUGUCAUGGAUGACUAAUUGUUGCCUGGAGAGUGAACACAGAGACCGAUUUUGAGGUUGGUGUAAUUGAAAAUGGCGGGAAACCGGAGGAGGGAUUUAUAUGUGAAAGAAGCCGUAGAAUUCUUCAACCAUUUAAUGGGUGAAAGGCCUCUGUUUCCUUUUCUGGUUCCCUUGGUAAUGCUCGCUUUGGCUGUUGAACGAUGGAUCUUGCCGUUGUCGAAUUGGGUCCUUCUCGCUGUCGCUGUCUGGGCAACUGUUCAGUAUGGGAGGUAUCAAAACAGGAUUUUAGUAGAAGACCUCAACAGAAGAUGGAAGCAGAUCAUGUUGAACACAUCGCCCAUAACACCAUUAGAGCACUGUGAGUGGCUGAACAAGUUUUUGAUGGAGGUUUGGUCAAAUUUCAUUAACCCAAAACUUUCAAAAAGGUUCUCAUCUAUUGUUGAGAAGCAGUUAAAGCACCGAAGACCAAGCCUUAUUGAUAAAAUUGAAUUGCUGGAGUUCUCAUUAGGCUCAUGCCCACCUAGCUUGGGUCUUCAUGGGAUUCGUUGGUCAACAUCAGGCAACCAGAAAAUUAUGAAUGUUGGUUUUGACUGGGAGACGAGUGACUUGAGCAUCAUGUUGCUUGCUAAGUUAGCAAAGCUGUUGGGAACUGCCCGGAUUGUUAUUAACAGCAUGCUCAUCAAGGGAAAUCUUCUCUUGAUGCCAGUGCUGGAUGGAAAAGCAGUUUUGUUCUCAUUUGAAUCAACUCCUGAAGUUAGAAUAGGUGUUGCCUUUGGAAGUGGUGGAAGUCAAACACUUUCAGGAACAGUACUUCCGGGUGUUUCAUCUUGGCUGGUUAAGCUUUUUACUGAUACAUUAGUCAAGACAAUGGUUGAGCCUCGCCGACGAUGUUUUUCUCUGCCAUCAGUGGACUUACAGAAAAGGGCUGUUGAAGGCAUACUUUCAGUAACAGUUAUUUCAGCAAGUAAAGUGGGUGGAAAUAGCUUGAAAGGAAGCCCUUCUGGAAGAAAACAAAACUCCAUAAGAAAUGGCACUUUAGAAGAGAACCCCGAUAACAAGUUUCUGGAAACAUUUGUGGAAGUUGAACUUGAAGAAUUAACCAGGAGAACAGGUAAGAGUCCAGGCUCAAGUCCUAGAUGGGAUGCAACAUUUAACAUGGUUUUGCAUGAAGAUACAGGAACUCUUAGGUUCCAUCUUUAUGAAUGUACCCCAAGCAGUGUGAAGUAUGAUUAUCUUGCCAGUUGUGAAAUUAAGAUGAAAUAUGUUGCUGAUGACUCCACAACUUUCUGGGCAAUAGGACCUGAAUCCACCAUAUUAGCUAGAAGUGUUGAGGGCUGUGGAAAAGAAGUUGAAAUGGUAGUUCCAUUUGAGGGAAAUAAUGUAGGAGAGUUAACUGUGAAGCUGAUAUUGAAGGAAUGGCAGUUUUCUGAUGGGUCAUAUAUCCUGAACAAAUCUUCCCAUUUUAGCACUCAACAAUCUCUCUCAUCAAGCAUUGAAUCACGGACAGGAAGGAAGCUAAAUAUCACUGUUGUAGAAGGAAAGGAUUUUGUUGGAAAAGAUAAGUUUGGCAAGUGUGACCCUUACGUGAAACUACAAUAUGGGAAGGCCCUCCAUAAGACAAGAACAAUCCAACAUUCCAUGAAUCCUAUCUGGAAUCAGAAGUUUGAAUUUGAUGAAAUAGGAGGUGGUGAAUAUCUUAAGAUAAAAUGCUAUUCUGAAGACACCUUUGGAGAUGACAACAUUGGAAGUGCACGAGUAAAUUUGGAAGGACUGAUUGAAGGCUCACUGAGGGAUGUCUGGAUACCCCUUGAAAAAGUAAAUUCAGGAGAAUUGAGGCUUCAAAUAGAAGCAGUGAGAAAUGAUGAUUAUGAUGGAUCAAGGAGUGGCAUGGCAGGAUCAGGAAAUGGUUGGAUUGAACUAGUUCUGAUUGAAGCAAGAGACCUCAUUGCAGCAGAUUUGAGAGGAACAAGUGAUCCAUAUGUGAGGGUACACUAUGGAAACUUGAAAAAAAGAACAAAGAUUAUGUUUAAAACAUUGAAUCCUCAAUGGAAUCAGACACUGGAGUUCCCUGAUGAUGGAAGUCCCUUAAUGCUGUUUGUAAAAGAUCAUAAUGCUGUCCUACCAACAUCAAGUAUAGGUGAUUGUGUUGUAGAAUAUCAAGGAUUGCCUCCAAACCAGAUGGCUGACAAGUGGAUACCUCUCCAAGGAGUAAAGAGGGGAGAGAUCCAUAUACAAAUAACAAGAAAAAUUCCAGAGCUACAGAAAAGGUCUAGCUUAGAUUCUCAGAGUUCAGACAUUAGUAAGGCAUAUCAAAUUUCUGCCCAGGUAAGGCAAGCCAUAACCAAGUUACAAACCUUAAUUGAGGGUGGGGAUACUGAAGCACUCUCACUGGCUUUGAGUGAGAUAGAAAACCUUGAAGACGUGCAGGAGGAGUACAUGCUGCAGCUUGAGACUGAGAGGACGCUGUUGCUUAAUAAGAUAAGCGAGUUUGGUCAGGAAAUAUAUAAAUGUUCACCUUCUCCUAACAAGAAAAUUUAUAGCAGUUGAUCCCUUUGUUUUGUUCAAAUGUAUGAUUAAUAAUCAUUUGUAUUCUAUAUAUUGUAAAUUUUCUAACAUGCAGCCUUAAAUGAAAAGAAUAAGAUUU